AAUGCAUAUUAUUUUAUAUAUAUGAUAUACUAAAUAUUUUAAAUUAUUAUAAUUUUUUAAUAUAAACCGAGUCAAACAAUCGAACCAAUGACCCAGUGGUUGAACCAUUGACUCAUUGACCCAGUGUCUCGACCGAGUCGAUCACCGGUCCGAAUCUGAUAACACUGGCUACACCCGGCUGCUGUCAAAACCGUGUACGCUGACUUUAAACACAACACACAUCCUCUUCAAAACAACAACCUGCAAAGCCAUUCCAAUUCAACACCACAAUAUACAACAACAAUGUCGACUUUUCACAAAUUUCCACUCACGUUGUUGUUGACGUUGUUGUUGUCACUGCUAGCAUAUCCUGCAAUAGCCAACACCCAGCGGUGCACAGAAAAAUGCGGUGGGGUCCGCAUCCAAUUCCCCUUCUAUCUGCAAAACACCACCACCGGCAACAACCACCCUCGCGGCUUCGAUCUCCACUGCACCGAAAACCAAGAAACCGUGCUGAAUCUACCAUCCCUUCAAGUAAAACUGUUCAUCAAAUCCAUAAACUACAAAUCUCAGCAGAUUGAAAUCUACGAUCCUCAGAACUGCCUCUCGAGCCAGCUCUUCUCCAUCGGCAACGCUUCAAUAUCUCCGUUCAAGUUCCAACCGUUGGGCGGGCCGUUGAACGCUUCGUUCUUCCGGUGCGGCGAUUCGAGAUCAUGCCCGAUUUUGGCGCGUGGAACUGAAGCUGAUUUUGUUGAUCCUGAACUGGUUUCGUGCACGAAGUUGCGUGAUGUUUUGUCGGUGGAUUGGCUUUGGGAUGAUGUGUGGAAUGAGGAGGAGAAUAGUUUGGUUAUGGAGUGGUCGGAGCCUGAGUGUGGUUAUUGUGAAGAACAGGGGCUGAAAUGUAGAUGGAAAAAUGGUACCAGUGGUGGAGGACGAGAAGGAGAAACUGAAUGUUUCAUCUGCAAAACAAGCAGAUUUUCAACUUCAGAUAUUGUGCGAAUUGUUGCAGCGGCAAUUGGUGGUUUGAUUCUACUGCUGCUGUUGGUCCUUGCAUUGCACCGGAUUUAUCGCUACUUUAAGAUGAAAGGAGAAGACUUUGCAAGGAUAGAAAAGUUCUUGGAGGAUUAUAGGGCAAUGAAGCCUACAAGAUUCACCUAUGCUGAUAUCAAGAGAAUCACAAAUGGUUUCAAAGAGUGCUUAGGUGAAGGGGCACAUGGAGCAGUUUUCAAAGGCAUGCUCUCCCAAGAGAUUCUUGUUGCUGUGAAGAUACUCAAUGAGACACAGGGAGAUGGGAAGGAUUUCAUCAAUGAAAUUGGAACCAUGGGGAAAAUUCACCAUGUCAAUGUGGUUCGCUUACUCGGAUUCUGCGCGGACGGGUUCCACCGUGCUCUUGUCUAUGAUUUCUUCCCAAACGGUUCACUGCAGAGAUUCUUAGCUCCACCAGAUAACAAGGAUGUUUUCCUUGGGUGGAGGAAGUUGCAGCAGAUUGCUCUUGGUGUUGCAAGAGGGAUUGAGUAUCUCCAUGUGGGUUGUGAACAUAGAAUACUCCACUUUGACAUCAAUCCCCACAAUGUGUUAAUAGAUGAUCACUUCAUUCCCAAAAUUACUGAUUUUGGCUUAGCCAAAUUGUGUCCCAAAAAUCAAAGCACAGUGUCCAUGACUGCGGCUAGGGGAACCUUGGGCUACAUUGCACCUGAAGUUUUCUCAAGAAACUUUGGUAAUGUGUCUUAUAAAUCUGACAUUUACAGCUAUGGAAUGUUGCUGCUAGAGAUGGUUGGAGGAAGAAAGAACACAAACAUGACAGCUGAGGAAACUUUCCAGGUUCUGUACCCGGAAUGGAUCCAUAAUUUGCUUGAAGGUAAAGAUGUGCAGGUUAAUAUUGAGGAGGAGGGAGAUGUUAGCAUUGCCAAGAAACUUGCCAUUGUUGGUCUUUGGUGCAUUCAGUGGAACCCGGUGGACCGACCGUCCAUGAAAACUGUGGUGCAGAUGCUUGAAGGGGAGGGAGACAAGUUAAUGGCACCCCCUACUCCUUUUGAUUCUCCUGGUUCUUUCAGAAUAAAUGCAAUUAUUCCAGCCAGACAUCUGAAUUCAGGGUUGGAAGUUAUUCAGGAGAUAGAGUAAAUUAUGAGGUUAUUUUUAGAUUCAUCUAAUGUUUUUUUUUUUUUAUCUUCUACGGAUGUCCCCACUCGUUUGGGAAACUAUCGCUAUCUCUCUUAACAAAUAACUUUCCCGAUAUUCAAACUUGUAUUUUCACUCCUACAUGAGUCUAGAUUGCUCACCACUUCACAAACAUAUUGUUGGUAGGUAUCAUUAAUAUAAUAUGAACUUUAUUGAAGUUGUAAGAUUCAUUUGUUCUUUCA